AUGCAGAAUGAAGUUUUCAUAAUAUCCGACUUCAACGGCAAAAGAAUGUACGAGGAGAUCCUCAAGGUAACCAAUAGUUUUGAUGCCAGCCAUUGCAUCGGAAAAGGAGGAUCCGGAAGUGUCUACAAGGCAAAGCUGCUAUCAGGAAGCAUAGUUGCAGUGAACAAACUCCACCCAAUACUUAGUGAAAAAGGUAGCUUGGCUGCAAUCUUGAGCAAAGAAUACGAAGCUGAAAAACUGGAGUGGAGCACAAGGGUGAGGAUUGUGAAAGGUGUAGCACAUGCCCUGCCUUAUAUGCAGCACGAUUGCUCUCCACCUAUUGUUCAUCGAGACGUAUCAAGCAACAACAUACUGCUGGAUUACGAAUAUGAGCCUGUUGUUUCAGACUUUGGCACCGCCAAGCUUCUAAAUCCAGACUCAUCGAAUUGGACUGCUCCAAAAGGCACAUAUGAAUACAUAGCACCAGAGUUAGCUUACACAAUGAAGGUAACCGAGAAAUGUGAUGUUUAUAGCUUUGGGGUGUUGGCACUGGAAGUGAUCAUGGGAAAGCAGCUGGCUGAGUUCCUCUCCUCCAUUUCGACCCCUACCGGCAAUGGAGAAAUGCUGCUGAAUGAUACGGCUAAAAUAGCCUCACAAUUUAACCCUGUAAAAGAUUAUCAAUUGUAG